AUGGCAAACAGCAUUCUCCUGGUUCUCUUGCCUCUCUUCCUCGUUCUCACAGCUCUUUCUGCCAAUGCUGCGUCUGAUAUCCUCAGUAAGGGCCGCAACAUCACCGACGGCGACACGCUCGUGUCGGCCGGAGGGUCAUUCAGCCUCGGCUUCUUCUCAUCCGGGUUGCCAAACAAGAGAUACCUUGGGAUCUGGUUCUCUGUCUCCAAGGAUGCUAUCUGCUGGGUAGCCAACCGUGAUCGGCCACUCGUCGACACUUCCGGGGUGCUGCUGAUCACUGACGCAGGGAGUCUUCUCUUGCUCGACGGGUCCGGUCAAGUCGUGUGGUCAUCGAACACGACUGGCGCCACCGCGCCAGCUUCGGCGUGGCUGCUCGAGUCGGGCAACCUCGUCGUGAGUGACCGGAGGAGCAGCGCCGUCAUGUGGCAGUCGUUCGACCACCCGUCGAACACCUUGCUCCCCGGCAUGAAGAUCGGCAAGAACCUGUGGACCGGGGCCGUGUGGUACCUCUCGUCGUGGCGUUCGGCCGGUGACCCGUCGCCGGGGAGGUACCGGUACACGACCGACACGAGGGGCGUGCCCGAGAACGUCCUCUGGGACGGCGACGCCGAGAGGUACCGGACGGGUCCGUGGAACGGGCUGUGGUUCAGCGGCGUCCCGGAGAUGAUGACGUACUCGGACAUGUUCACGUACGAGCUCACCGUCAGCUCCGGCGAGAUCACGUACAGCUACGCCGCCAAGCCCGGCGCACCCUUCUCCCGGUUGCUGCUCACUGACGGCGGGGCGGUGCAGCGCCUGGUGUGGGACGCGAGCACGCGCGCGUGGAAGAGCUUCUUCCAGGGGCCGAGGGACGUCUGCGACGCGUACGGCAAGUGCGGCGCGUUCGGCGUGUGCGACGCCGGCGCGGCGUCCACGUCGUUCUGCAGCUGCGCCCGGGGGUUCAGCCCCGCGUCCCCCGCGGAGUGGAGGAUGAGGGAUGCCUCGAGCGGGUGCCGCCGGAACGUGACGCUGGACUGCGCCGGCAACGGGACGACGACGGACGGGUUCUUGCGGCUGCGAGGGGUGAAGCUCGCCGACACGAACAACGCGUCGGCCGACACGGGCGUGACGUUGGAGGAGUGCGGCGCGAGGUGCCUGGCCAACUGCUCCUGCGUGGCCUAUGCUCCUGCGGACAUCCGCGGAGGCGGCGCCGGGAGCGGCUGCAUCAUGUGGACGGACGGCCUUGUCGAUCUACGAUCCGUAGAUGGAGGGCAAGACAUCUACCUGAGGUCUGCAAAGUCUGAACUAGAUGUCAUCAAACCACCCCGCCGGCCAUUUCGUACUCCACUGGUGGUUGGUGCAUCCAUAGCUUCCAUCGUUGUAAUUCUCCUUGUUAUUUUGAUGAUUUUCUUUCUGAUCAGGAGAUGCUUGAGACCUAGAAUAUCAGCUGCUCGCAGUAUUCAGCCUAUUCCUGCUCCGACUGUCCCUUCCGUUGAACUGUGUAGCAUGAAGGCGGCGACAAACGAUUUCCACAAACACAAUAUCAUUGGCCGAGGUGGAUUUGGCAUCGUUUAUGAGGGGUGCCUAUCAGAUGGGAAGAAGGUUGCCGUUAAGAGGCUGAUUAUACGGUCUUCGCAUACCGGUGAUGAAUGCGAGAAGGCUUUCGAUAGAGAAGUCGAACUGAUGUCAAAGCUCAGGCAUGGAAACCUUGUUCAGCUACUUGCUUACUGUAAGGAUGGAAACGAGCGUCUACUGAUCUACGAGUACAUGAAGAAUAGGAGCCUUAAUUUCUAUAUACAUGGAAAAAACCCUGAACUCCGUGCUACUCUGAAUUGGGAGCAAAGGCUGGAAAUAAUUAUUGGGAUUGCAGAUGGCAUUGCUUAUCUUCACAAAGGACUAAACAAGGGAGUCAUUCACAGGGAUAUAAAACCAUCUAACAUACUUUUGGAUGGCAACUGGAGGCCAAAGGUAGCAGAUUUUGGCACCGCAAAAUCGUUCAUUGAAGAUCAGACAAACCCAACAUUGUUUCAGACACCGGGGUAUACAGCUCCAGAGUAUGCAAUGCAAGGGUACCUGACGCUGAAAUGCGAUGUGUACAGCUUCGGAGUUGUCCUGCUGGAGAUAAUAAGUGGUCCAAGGGAUAGAACCAUGCCACCACUCAUUCUUGAUGCUUGGGAGUCAUGGAAUCAGAAUAGGAUCAUGGAUCUCCUCGAUUCAGCUGUGAAAAAGCCUGAGCCUGAUGAGCUCUUGCUUAAACUAGAGAGAUGUGUCCAGAUAGGCCUUCUCUGUGUGCAGCAACUGCCCGAUGACAGGCCUACGAUGUCCGCAGUGGUUACAAUGUUAAACAGUGGAAGUCCAGAGAUUAACCCGCCAAAAAUGACAAUGUUCAACAGAAGAACUGGAUCACUUUUACACGACGCAGAUUUCUCAAAGCAGGAAGCAUCCAGCAUUGGCACACAUAGCAUCACGGUCGAUCUCACCUAAUGACCUAAAUGCCCAUGUUGAGGGCAGAUGGGGACAAGGGUGUAUUUGUUAUUUGUCAAUUGGAUCUAAUCAGUUCACCAUUACCAGGGUAUGUCACUAAUGUUGUGGACAAGCAAGCUGCUUGUCACCCUUUUUCUUUGGCGAAUAGCUUGUUACUGCUCCCUUCUUCUAUAAAUAUAUGACGUUUAGGACAAACUAGUUAGUUCAAAAAUUUAUGGACGGAGGUAGUAUUUACUAGCACUCAUGCUGCCUGAAAUUGGCAUGUAGCUUUGUGCUGCUCUUUUACCCCUCCCCCCUUUGUACUGCAUAUGCUUCCUUCCUUUGUUUAGUUGCAGCGGUUUAGUUUCCUCAAA